ACAAAAUUCCAUAUUCAAUGCACAUUGACAAAUUUUCCCAGUAUAGUAUAAGUCUUUAGAAUCAAUCGGUUUAUCGUAUAUUUCAUUUGGUGUGUUACAUUUCGUGAAUUGUGACUGCGUCGAACGCAGAUUAAUCCUGUCAAAAUGUUCAAUCAAAUAUUGCGACCUAUUGUUCGUAAUGUGACCAGAAAUGGUACUCGGUCUUCAAGUUCAAAAGUGGUAGAUUUUAAAUUACCAACACUUGAUGAAGCAACUCAACCACAGGGUUCAUGGAAAGAGUAUUACGAUGCCAGACAAAAAGUUUACAAUACUCAAUUGAUUGCUGGUCUUGCUGUAUUGAUUGGUACCAUAUCUUUUGUAAGCUUUUCAGACCUUAUAUUCUUUAAUUUUGGACCACCUGAGGAACCUGUUGAGGAGAAGAAAUAAACAUUCACAUAAAAAUAUUAGCUAAUUAAAAUAGUUGAAUGCAAUCUGACUACAUACAACUGUUGAGAAUGUUACGUACUUUAUUGUACGAGUGUAACAUGCAAUAACUUGUACUUUCAAUAAAUAGUUCUUAUUUAUCGUGAAUAUAUAAUCAGUACACAAGAUA